ACGAAUGUUUAAAAUGAAAUUGUGCUGGGUGUUUUAAGGUGACGGGUUUUUGUAGUCGAGUAAAACUCAUUUAGUAGUCAGGAGCGCACACUGGUGUCAGUGUGUGUUGUUUUGUGUGCGCUGUGUGUCUCAGAGAAGUGACGUGUGUUAGCGGCUUGUCUGGUGACGUGUCUCUCGUGCUCCCUCUUUCUCUCUCUCUCUUUUCUGGAUGGAGCCACACCGACUCCACUGAACACUCAACACUGCUAUCAUUCACACGACAACAGGCAGCCAAAGGACACCAUGGGAAGUAUGUGACUUUAUUCUCUUGUUUACUUGAGUAAGGAGUAUUUUAAGACAGAUACUGGGUUUUUUAUUCGCAGACAUUAUAGCGGGUGAAGCGGUCGAGGCUAAUUGGCUAAUCUUCGGCAGGUUACUCGGCGAGUCAGCUAGCUUCAAACAGGGGCUCAUUUUCUAAAGUUUCUGUGCUAAACCUUUUUUAAGUAAUAUCACCCAAUGUUUCAAGGUUUAAGUUCCCGAGACGAGUACAUAUUCUUAUGUUUUAACCCUUGCUUUUCAAAUAAGCACCAGGGCUUCCUCUUUUACAGUGAUUACUCACUCGUUUGUUAGCAUUCAGCUAGCUGUAAGAUCUUAUAUUAUAGUUCUCUGUCCAUCUGGAAAUGUCUCCGCCGUGUUUGUUGUAGAGUAUGGGACAAAUCAUAAAUGCACAUGGACUGUCUGAAGAGAAUUGAGGAGCAAAUGUGAAGUCUCUUACUGUCAAAGUCAGAUUCAGUGAUUGACACAGCUGAUCAACAACUACACUCUUCACUCAGCAGUGAAGGAGAAAGGUUUUCAAUGAGUUUAGGAAGCAAACCGAUGACUGUAAGACUUGUUAAAAUGUGUUUUUCUUAAAUGCAGUGAUAUUUUGGGAGGUGGUUUUUGAGUUUGAUUGGCAGCUGUUUGAUUUGUGGUAGUGCUGACGUAGCGUCUAGGUUAACCAUGGUGAAGAUGAACUAACAGUAUCUAGUGAUCAUAAAAACACGCGUGUUUUUUAAGUGCUGCUGAUAUUAUGUAUAAUCUUAUUUAACUCCACAACGUCUUUUAACCAAACUGUGUCUCUUCAUAGUUAAAUUUUUGGAGGUCAUCAAGCCGUUCUGUGCGGUUUUGCCCGAAAUUCAGAAACCAGAAAGAAAGGUAAGUCAAAGUCUGUUCACGUGUUUUUUUUUUAAUGAUCAGAUUUUAUUUUACUUUCAAAAUUUAUAUAGAACCAUACAUCAUUUUAGUUCAAAUAAGGUUGAAAAUGACAAGAAAAAAGAAGAAAACAAAACAAAAAGAGGGGUAAACAAAGAAAACCCCCAACAACAACACAACAAUGUGUCAUCAAUUAAAGACAUGUGUGUCCCUGUGGGAAUUGAUAAGAUUUUAUCAAUAUCGAUUCUGCUUAUUGAUUCGAUUCUUUAACAAUUCCCUUAUCAAUGCCUUUCUUUAAUAAAAAAAAAGAAAGUAGACAAGUUUUCACUGUUAACUCAAAAUUUUAUGAGGUCUCUGAUAACAGAAAAAGAUUUAUGCCACCAUUAGUGAGAGUCUCAAAAUAAUCAAACAAAAAUGCUAUUUGUACAGCGUUUCUAGUAUACAUUGUUCUUAUGUUAACACAGGACAUAUGUUAGGUUGACCAUAUUCUGAAUCUCCAAAAAGAGGACACUACGCAGGGCGGACUUGUGUGCGAAAUUUUGAUGUUAUUAUUUUUUUUUUUUUGGAAAGGUCGAGUGUUUAAUGUGCGCUUUUAACUCAGUUAAACGCGUAUUCUGAAUUCCCAAAGACAGAAGUGCAUGCUGCGUCGUGUCAGCGGCUAAAGUGAUUGGAGGGGCAGAGCUGCAGAGAGCACUGAUGCGCUGUUCUCAACAAGAACCGGUUCUCGAUUCCCAUUCCUAGUCCUUGUACUUUGAAAAAGUAUUUUUUUAUCACCAUUCAGCUCAGUCUGGGGCCUCCUGAACCACAGUCUCUCCUCCGUGUAGUUUUACUGUGGUUUUAGAUAUCAUCAUUCCCUUUUAAUUUGGCACUUCGCCUUUCCAUCGGUAAAACUCUAAAAUUUCUUCGUACCAAUGUGUUACAGUUGGAGGUUUGUCGCUAGUCCAAUUAAAUAGUAUACAUUUUCUGGCCAAAAUUAGGAGUUUCAGUAACUUUGAUCUUCUGCUCACACAUGUUUAAAUGUCUUUGAAUCUGCACAUGGGACCGUGAAUUACAUUAAACUUUUUUUUUUUUUAUCCUCGCAGAUUCAGUUUAGAGAAAAAGUACUAUGGACCGCCAUCACACUGUUCAUCUUCCUGGUGUGCUGCCAGGUCAGUAUUUGUUUUGUAAAAAAAACAGAAGAAAACAAAACUCCUUGUGAUUUGUUGCUUGUGUUUGUAACAACUUUUGUUUCUUCCUCUUGAAUUCAGAUUCCUCUUUUUGGCAUCAUGUCUUCAGAUUCAGCAGAUCCCUUCUACUGGAUGAGAGUAAUCCUGGCUUCCAACAGAGGUGCUUGAACUGUACAUGCCUGACAGACUUUGUCACUCAAUUUUUUGUCAUGUUUUUUUUAUCUGCCUGACGUUAUCUCAUUCUCCCUUGUGAGAAGUCAAAGGUCAACAGUCGGGGGGCCCUUGUUCCCUUAUCCAGAUACUGCUUUCAUUGUCACACUAACUGAGGCUCACGGUGACAUUUUGAUUUUGAUUGAUUUGUCUGCUAGGUACUCUGAUGGAGCUGGGCAUCUCCCCCAUAGUCACCUCAGGCCUUAUCAUGCAGCUGCUGGCUGGUGCCAAGAUCAUUGAGGUGGGAGACACUCCCAAAGACAGAGCUCUUUUCAACGGCGCUCAGAAAUGUAAGUCUAUUGAUCUCUACACAUGCUAUUUUUAGAAGUAAUGUACCUUUGUUUUUUUUUUAUCCGCUUUGAAGAUGCAGCAUGGGUAGAAUCAAGAGUCUGUGCCUCUGCAAGAAUACGAGUUAUAUAUCUGUUUGUUCCCUGUCUUUUCACAGUGUUUGGAAUGAUCAUCACCAUAGGACAGGCCAUUGUUUAUGUUAUGACUGGCAUGUAUGGAGACCCCUCAGAGAUGGGUGCUGGCAUUUGCUUGCUCAUCAUCAUCCAGGUGACUAAAAUUUCUUGCUGCUCUUUUUGUCAUUUGAAGCACAAAGAAGUUAAAUUCAAGCGGCUCCAGUGCUGUCAGCAAACUCUUUUACAUGACUUUCUAUUUUUUGUGGCAUGCUCACAACAUCAAUGAUUUAUCGUCCCUUUUUUAUGUGACAGGCAGAAAGUUCACAUUGAAUUAUCAAGACUUUUUAAGCAUGCAAAUGUUUGAUUUUAAACAGCUGUAUUGAUCGACUUUUUCAAACCACAUCUUUUUCUUUAGCUUUUUGUCGCUGGCCUGAUUGUCUUGCUGCUGGAUGAGCUGCUUCAGAAGGGUUAUGGACUGGGCUCUGGUAUCUCUCUCUUCAUUGCGACCAACAUCUGUGAGACCAUUGUGUGGAAGGCCUUCAGCCCCACCACUGUCAACACAGGCAGAGGUACGAGCAUAGAUGUAUUUUAGAGUUGGGUUAAAUAUUUAUUUUUUUUAAUCUUUUAUAAUGAUGGCCUUAUAACUCCUUUCGUACAUCCAGGCACUGAGUUUGAGGGAGCCAUCAUUGCUCUCUUCCACCUGCUGGCCACCCGCACAGACAAGGUGCGCGCCCUUAGAGAGGCCUUCUACAGACAAAACCUGCCCAACCUCAUGAACCUGAUCGCAACUGUCUUCGUGUUUGCAGUGGUCAUAUAUUUCCAGGUGAGUCUGCUGUAUAGAGUAACUUUAAAGCAUUCUUUCAAAAUGUAAUAACAAAUCCUUUAGGCCACAGAUCUCGAUCAAAAUUCAGCUAACUGAUUGUCUCUCCCUGUUACCUCUCCAGGGCUUCAGAGUGGACCUGCCAAUUAAGUCAGCCCGCUACCGCGGUCAGUACAACACUUACCCCAUCAAACUUUUCUACACAUCCAACAUCCCCAUCAUCCUGCAGUCCGCCCUGGUCUCCAAUCUCUACGUGAUUUCUCAGAUGCUCUCAACACGCUUCAGUGGCAACUUCCUUGUCAACCUCCUGGGAACGUGGUCUGUAAGUAUAUUAGGUUUGCUUUGACUGAGGCACAUUCUGUCUUCGUGAUUUCUCCAGUGUCAAGACGUUCAGUCUGCAUGACAGUGUUUUUGUUUUGGGAUGCUCUCAGCAUCAAUAUCUUGUCUAAAAUAAAGUACUAUACUAACAAAACCCUCUAUCUGUUUAGGACACGACCAGUGGUGGACCAGCUAGGGCUUACCCAGUGGGUGGUCUCUGCUACUACCUUUCUCCUCCAGAGUCAUUUGGUUCAGUUCUUGAUGACCCAGUUCAUGCUGUUAUCUACAUUGUCUUCAUGCUUGGCUCCUGUGCUUUCUUCUCCAAGACCUGGAUUGAGGUCUCAGGGUCCUCUGCCAAAGAUGUAAGUCUUAAAAUGAAGGUGCACCAGAUUGAUGUGUGGUUCAUGCUGCAUUAAAAUGAACCUGCGCUAAUCUGCAUUCAUAACUUACUGUGUGACAGGUGGCGAAGCAGUUGAAGGAGCAGCAGAUGGUCAUGAGAGGACACAGAGAGACAUCUAUGGUGCAUGAGCUCAACAGGUACAAAGUGGCCUUGCAGAAAAAGGCUCAAGCUUCAUGAUUUUCAGCCUCAGUGUCAGGAAAGUUAACUAACAUGAAGAUUUGUUUUCUCAUAAUUGCUUUACUGUUUGCAGGUACAUCCCCACAGCUGCUGCCUUUGGCGGCCUCUGCAUAGGAGGCCUCUCGGUUAUGGCUGAUUUUCUGGGAGCCAUUGGUUCGGGUACAGGAAUCCUCUUGGCUGUAACCAUCAUCUACCAGUACUUUGAAAUCUUCGUGAAGGAGCAGAGCGAAGUGGGCAGCAUGGGAGCACUGCUCUUCUAAAGAAUACCAACCUUCUGACACGUCAGACACAAAUCAUCCACCCCACAAAUUUUUUUAAUUAUUUUGGAUUUUUUGCAGUUUGCACAAUCAGUACAUUUCGCAGCUGGGAUAACUUAUCUCUACCAUCUUUUGUUUUUCACCUUACACCUCCAGCCUGUGAAUGCUGUGGAAACUGUCUAGGUUACUCCCAGAGUUGAUCAUAGUAUUGUGUCUCUACAAUCUCUUUACUCCAAUAUCCACAACCUAUCUAUCUGCAGGCUGCCUGUGUCCCAAGUGACUGUCAUGUCAGCUGAGGAAUACGUAAAAGCACACAAGUGUGAGUUGCUGUCUUUGACUUACCUCAGGCAUUGUUCUUGCAGCGUGUUCGAGGAAUACUAAGACAGCAUCACCAUGUGCUUCUUGCUUUGCUGAAAGCACUGUGCCUGGACAUUUGGAGGGAGAUGAAAGAAGCCAUGUCAUGUCACAGAUAGCAAUCAUGCUUUCUAGGGGCCUAACGUAGGGUGCAAAUGUAUAAAUAAAAUAUGCUUGUAUUCUGUAAAGGUUUCUGGUAUUUCAGAAAAGCUGUUGGUGGUUUUUAUUUUCCUUUUAUUUUGAUAUUUUAAAUGAUGGACUAUGUUUAUAUCCACUCUGGUCUUAUGUAGGACUCAGUGUUUGGCCACUGUCUCUGGGUCCUCAAAGGAAAUCGUCUGUCUGUGUCGUUUUGCUCUUUUUUCCCCCCCAGACUGAAUCGCUGCUCUAUACUGCCGAGAUGGUUGGGAUGAGGGUCGGUUUUCUUGGGAUAAAAGGGGGUUUCUUUUUGGUUUUUACUUUAUGUAACAGACAUAAUUGUAUUAUUAAAAAAACAGGAUUUGUUUUUCCAACACAC